AUGCGUAUUCAAAUGAAAAGAUCGAUCAACUUCUACUUCAGACAUGUAUCGUUAACAAUUAAUAAAAUUGUAGUUUUUUUAGUACAUGGUCAACUCAUAUGCAAUCAAUGUACUGUUUUUAAUACGACAGAAAGAGAUGAUUGGUUGAAGCAUGUACGAAAAUAUCAUUACUCGGAAUUCGUCCGUUUAGUCCGGGAGAGAGAAGGUUGUCAAAAGGCUCUUAAUGAUCAACCACUUGCCAAUAUAUCAGAUAAUGAAGAUGAUGAUGAUGAUGAUGAUGGUGAUGAAACUGCUAAUACUGGUACACCACGUUUUGAAUUUGAUGCUUUAACAGCUAGUACAGAUUCACGUCGUCUUGCUUCUCAACGACGAUUUCAACCAGGUCAUCCAGCAUCGGGUACAAUUUCACGUGAUUUUAUUUCUUAA